CGUGGUGGGGGACAGCAGCCUGUGCCCCCUCCGUCAACGGCCACUGCGAGAUGCCUGCCAAGGGGCAGGGAGAGACGGGGUGACAAUCGGGCUGUGCUGCCGGGUGGGCUUCCCGAGGCGGGGGACUGCUGCUGCCAGCUUGCUUCCUCUUCUGCCACCGCAGGCCUGUAAAGCAAAGGAUGGGGAAAGGAGAAGGGGGGACCCCUGGAAGCAGCCCAGCUGUGCUGCCCUCCCUCGCUGCUGCUGGGACGGCCCGUCCUCUGGCAAGGGCCUCCGCUCAGGCUACUCCUGCCCGCCUCGCCUCCCGCGGCGUGGGGACAGUGGGCAGCCGGCUUUUGUCUUUUGCCUUCCACAGGAACCUUUGCAUGGACGUAGAACUGCUGAGCCUCUCUUCGAUGCCAAGUGCCGGCUCAGUCAGUCAGGGGCCUGCCAAGUGGCGCGACAAGGCCACAGAAAGUACACGGAUGGUCUUCAGCCGCCUUUGCCAUCUGGCAGGUGCCCUUGUCUCCCUGUGGAGACAUAUGCUGAGCGCGUGCGUCUUCGCCGUGCAAAAGAUGGCCCUGCGGAAGAAGAGGUUCUUGAAAGUCGUCUUCUUGUUGCUCCCAGUGGCUCUUGCUGGUGUUUACCGCGGGACCUCAUGGCCGGCAUGGACAGUGCGGGGAAAGGGACCGAUAGAGGAGCCGACACGUGCGUCUGCAGCAGACCUAAAGAACUUGGGCGCUUUGUUGGCGGAGCAAACCCGAAAGAUGCAGCUUCUGCUGGAGGAGGUGGCGCAGCUGAGGGUGGAGAUCAGCAGUGCAAAGGAAGUGAAGCAGGCAGCGUCCCAGACGGCUUGGGAAGCCUCCGUCGAGAUGUCUGACUGGGCCCUGAAAAGCUCUGGUGCCACCAUCGACAUGCAGAGAACUUCUGAGACCUACCACUGUCAAGAGCAUUGGAGCUGCAGGGUUUUAAGCUUCUUCUACCCUGCCAAACCUCCUGAUACUAUUUUGCAGCCAGAUGUCUCCCAAGGAAACUGCUGGCCUUUACAAGGGCAUCAGGGCCAGGUGGUCAUCAGGUUGCCAGCACGAGUCCAUCUGACUGGUGUCACUGUGCAGCACACCAUGGGCCAAGAAGUCUUUACGUCUCGGACCACGAGCAGCGCCCCCAGAGACAUGGCUGUCUUUGGAGUGGACACGGACAGAGAAGAGGAAACUCUCCUUGGGACGUUCACGUACAACAUAGCAAAAGAGGCCAUUCAGACCUUCCCUCUACAGAACGCACCGGUUCCCAGAGCCUUUUCGUCUGUCAGGCUUCUUGUGAAGAGCAACUGGGGAAAACCAGCGUACACCUGCAUUUAUCGAGUGCAGGUUCACGGGAAGAUGGCAAAACCAGAAAGCCUCAACUGAAAGCGGAGGCGGACAAAAAGAAGGACAAACAUAAUAAAGAAAAAAGCGUGGCAAUUCAGAU